AUGAGUAAUAAAUUAAAAACUAAAAUAAAAUCUAUUAAAAAUGAAUUAAAAACCUCAUCAUCAUCAAUAUCAAUUAAUCUACAUCAUAAUAAUAAUAAUAACUCAAACAGUAAUAUACAUAAUAUGAAAAAAUCAAAUUCAACAAAUACUUCACCAUUUUUCCAACAAACUUCAUCAUUUGAAUCUAUUGCAACUACAACUUAUCAAUAUCAAUCACAACAACAUUCACAACAACAACAGCAACCACAUUUCCAUUCAAUGUAUAGAACUAGAUCAUUAUCAUUACCAUUAACUAAAACCAAGAAACAUCAACAACAACAACAUUUACAACAAUUAGAAGAAUCCAAAUUUCAAUUAUUUGAUAGUUACUCCUCAUCACAAUCUUCAUCAUCAUCAUCACAUUUUGAUUCAAGUGAUAUGAAUUUAAAUUUAAAUGCUAAUACUUCUAAUACUACUUCAACUUCAGAACCAACAAAAGAAUGUUAUAUUCCACCAUUAGUUGAUAUAAAUCAUGAUUAUAUUCAUCAUAACAAUAAUCAAAAUCAACAACAACAAACAAUGUCAAGUAGUUUACAUUCAACUAAAAAUUCAAUUCAUUCAAUAAAUUCAAUAAAUUCUUCAAUUAAUGGAAAUGAUAUACAAUUUGAAAACAAUUCUUACUCAAUAAUUCCAAAACCUUAUGAUAACGAAAAUAAUAAUAAUAAUGACGAUGAAAUUAUUGAUGAUGAUAAAUUAGCUAAUAAUAUAUUAAAUGUUAUAAAUAAAAGAGAAAUUGAUUGGAGUAUUUGA